AUGUCUUCCACCUCACCACAGAAGCGGAGGUCAAACGCUUUCAGAACGAGCUUGAUCGAGCAGCCCAUGCGACAGACCCGCUCCAUGGCACGAAUCUCGGAUGUGCUCGACGCCACACAGCACUUCUCUAUGUCCAAGGCCGAAGCCCAGCGUCCAUCCGACGCUUCUAUGCAGUCUCGAGCAGCGUCUCCGCGCAAAGCCCGCGCAAGUCAGGCUGCACAGCUCGACCAUUUCGACCCCGAGUCUCCCGACGUCAGCCUAGCAGCAUGCAUGGAGAGCCCAAAAAAGGGCCGCUUCGACGACUUUGAGUUCGAGCUCGAGAACAGCAAGCACGAGCUGCCCGUCCGACGCACGAGGGCCAACGCUCAGAGACAACCUGCAUCUUCAUCCUCAGCGGAAGCGGGUCUACCUCGCUCCAAAACAUCAACGACCCUCAAUCGCACCAUGCCUGCGAACCCUCUACUUGCCAGCCGUAAGGAAAAUUCCACAGUCACGGUCCGAGAUCCAGUUCAGCCUGGUGCAAGUCCGGUCAAGCCAGCAGCCACCGCCAAUCGCCCUUCUCGACUACGUGGACAUGCUGCGGCCGCUCAGUCCAGCAACCUCGAUGGGACAGGGACAGCGGAUGUAGCGACGACAUCCGCUGCCGCCAAGGAGCAGUCGGACACCAAAAUUGACAGCAUGCCACACCCGGACGAUCGCGAAUCCAACCAGCGCCUUCUUUUCGGGACAAGCAGAGCUUCAUCUCGUGAUCCUGCUCAGCCCAACCCUUUCAGCACGAGCUCCGACACCAACAGUCUCGCGCAGCUGGGCGAGCCCAGGCACUCGCCGGUGAAGCGCUUCCAGACCAAGUCCGAAUUCGUCAUUCAGUCGCCUGACCGACCGGACCGCAGGCCUAUCAACCUUCUCGAGCUGAAGCCUUCGCCCGGUAAAGCUCAGCGAGGUAUCUUCCGCCACAACUCUGUCGUAGACGAAGAUGAUGACGACUGGGGCAAUUCAGAUACCUCAGAGCUCAACAUCACCAUGGAUGAGAUCAAACUUGUCAAGGGCCCUUCCGUCCCGAAGCAGGCUGCGACGCGGUCACACGAGGUCUCUUCGUCGUCAUGCGCGAAAGGAGAUGCAUCUGCAACCUCAAACCCUAGAGACACGACGCACAAGAUGGCAAGCACGACUACGCUCGACGUCAAGGACAUCAUGUCCCCGGAAACGUCGGAUAUGUUGGCGAAUCUCGAAGCGUCGCUGGUCAAAUUGAGAGCAAAGACGCACUCGCAGCCCGCCGCGGUGGACGCCAAGAAGAAGGAAGAACAGAAUGUCCUUGCGCCCGUCAAGAGGGAGUUGGGUGGCCUUCGUGCAUCCGGAGUCUCUGCAAGCCGAACACAGACCUUCCGGAUCAAAAACUCAACAACCUCCGCUGAUCUGGCCAACCAAGCACGGUCAGCGACCGACCAGAGCGGAGACAGCAGUGUCUUCAAGCGCCCAUCAGGACGUGUUUCCGCCUUGGCAAAGUCCAGAGUCUCGAGCUCGGAGCAUGGCUCGGACUCGUCCCUCACCUCUUCUCGAUCCAUGAUGUCGUUUGGCGCUCCGCGUCUUCCAGGAUUCAGCGAGGUUGGAGGACGAGCGUCUCGGCCCAUGCCACCAAGUGCCCGAACCUCAAGCCUCGACACGACUUCAGAUGAUCCGAGGCAUGAAGAGCUGGCUGCAGCCGAGGAGGAGCAGGCGCGAAUCACAGAGGCCAAGAGGCAGGCAGAGCUCAAGGCUGCCAAGCGCAAGUCCAUGUCUUCGAUCCUGUCAAGCGGCAUGCCGCCGACGCUGCAACGGAGGGAGGCAAGUGCAUCUUCAUCGGGAUCUCAACCGCCACAAGAGUCUUCUGCGAAGCCGACAUCGCCAACUGCAGCGAAGCCAUCCGAAGACGCUGCCGAGGCAAAGAAGGCGGCGAAAGCAGCAAGAAGGCGCUCGCUCUUUACCUAUGUGCCUACCAAACGCGAGGACGCGGACGGCGACCGUUCGAUCGGCAAUCUGUCGACCGGCCUCGCCAUCUCUACGACCGCAUCGGGCAACGCUUCCGAGGCCGACACCUCGACCCAGGCGCCUCGCAAAGCUCGAUUUCUGCGCGGCCUGACGGUGCUGGUGGACGUGCGUGAUCAGGAUGGAGAAGACGCUUCGGGGCGGUGGGUCGAGAUGCUCAAAAACGCCGGAGCCAAGGUGAUGCUGCGCUUUCCCGAGCGCAAACUCACGCACAUCGUAUACAAGAGCGGAAGACCGAGCACUCUGCACUCGUACCGCGCUCUCGACGAUCCCAAGCCUCACGUCGUCGGGAUCAGUUGGGUCGUCGCUUGUCUCGAGCAGGGCAAAAAGGCUGAUGAGCGGCCCUACCUCGUCGAGGUGGCCAAAGAGGCCAUCUUCGCAAACCCACGUCGCUCGUCCAUGGCGCCCAAGCAUGUGCCUUCAUCGGCCACGUCAAUCCGGGAGCUCCCAAAGGAGAUGCAAAAGAGCGUAGAGCUGGCACGCCGCAAGCUGCUUGCUCACGCGCCUGCGGUGUCGAGCCCACUCCGUCGCCGCAUCAGCUCGCGCAGCGUGUUGGCCAGACAGCUCGCUGCCACAACGAUCCACUCGGACACCGCUGAUACCGGCGGUGGAGCAGCGAGACCUCGAGCCUCGUCUUCGAGGUCAACAAAUGAGCCGGCCGAGAAUGCAGAUGCGGCCGGUCAAGGGCUACGCAGCUCAAGUGAUGAUGACGCGGACGGCGACCUCCACGAAUUGGCACAGUACCGCGAGACUGUCAAGCAGAUUCUUUCCAAGCCCGCGAGCGCAUACUCGUGA